GCGAGGCUGCGAGAGUGAUGACGACGGCCGGCGCCCGGCGAUGGAGGCCGCUGUUGCCCCCCGGAGGUCGACGACCAGUUUCAGCCGCUGGGAACUACAGUUCGACGGCUCAGCAGCGAGGAGGCGAGGGCAAUGCCUUGCGCUCGGGGGAAGAGCGGGCGCUGUGCUGCGGGCGGGUGAUGGCGCCGGGGCCGGCUCUGAUGGUGAGGUGGGAGGCGGCGCUGGGCCGCAGGCUUGCCCGGAGAGGGUUAAGCACGUCGGUGGCAUCUUUGCAAUAUAAUCCAAAACAAGUAGCUUCGUUGGAAAGUCAAAAGUACUUCUAUUUCGAUACACAUGCAGUUGUGCAACAUUUGGAAGAAUGUGGUUUCAGCACUAGUCAAUCGGAGGUUGUGGUAGCCACACUGCUGAGAAUCAUGAAUUCCAAUAUGGAAAUCACACACAAAGACAUGGCCACCAAAAUUCAACAAGAGAUGAUGCUUCAACAUAUUAUGUCACACAUAGCAGCUGUGAAGAAAGACAUGAUUAUAUUAGAAAAGAGUGAGUUUUCAGCAUUACGAGCAGCAAAUGAGAAAUUGAAGAUUGAAUUGAUACAAUUAAAGAAACAGUUAACCGAUGAAGUUGUCAAAGUUUCAUCGAACAACAAACUGGACCUGAAUAUGCAAAAAGGUAGAGUCCAAGAAAUGUUAAACGAGCAUGAAAAGAGAGUGUUGGAAACCAGAUCGGACAUUGUGGAAUUGAAUUCGCUACAAGGGCGGGCUGUCACGCAGGCAAACCAAAAGAUCGACACCGAAGUCGCCGGGCUCAAAACUCUGUUGGAAUCGCACAAACUCGACACCAUUAAAUAUUUAGCAGGUUCGGUUUUCACCUGCCUCACCAUCGUGCUUGGAUUUUAUCGCCUCUGGGCAUGAAAUUUAAUUCCACGUUAGAUCUUCACUCUAUAAGGAUCAGCAGGAACAUCCUUCUGAUUUUUGUGAGCAGGAGGAACGAUUUUUUUUGACGUGUUUUACAUGCUGCAAGGAACCAAGAAAUUAACCUGUUGAUUUAAUUUUUUUAAAUUGUGAAUCCAUUUUUUUAAAAGAAUAUUUCAAGCUUACUUUGCACAAGACAUUUGACUACUGUAAUGUAAACCGAGGAUUGUGCCUGAAAAUGGUGUGUUCAUUUAAAAUGGAUUUGCUUGAUUUAAACCACAAAUGCAUGUUAAUUUAAAAUGUUGUCCAGUUCCACUGAUCAAUGACAGAUGAAAUUAAAAAGGUAUUCAUAUUUUCAA